AUGAGAACCGGGCCCUGCUCGAGGGCGUCGAGGACGCCGAGCGCCGCCUUGACCGCGCUCGCCGACAUCGAGCGCCAGGAGGCCGCCGCGCGCCUCGCCCGCGAGGAGUUCCGCCGCCUCGAGAAGCGGCGCGAUGAGGUUGUUCGAUGUUUUGCCUGCUCAGCGAACGAUGCCCAUGCCGUGAUGGUUUCCAUGACCGUGCUGCUUUGCACAAACAAGAUUUCAGAGUCCCAGCGGGAAUUGCUUCAAGCAAGAGAAAUGAUUGAUGAAGCUCACCGUUCCUUGUCUUCUAGUCUUGAGGAAGCUUUGGAGAUAUGUCAAGUGGUGAUGUUGAUGAAGAUAGCGAGAGAAUAG